CGUUCGUCACUUCCGGGUGCGACCGCCGCUUCUGUCCGGCCGGGUGCACGCGUUCGGUUCCUGCGUCCUGUAUCUGACCGUCUACACAACUGCCCCUUGCCUGUUCCCAACGGGAGGGACAUGAGCGUCCCUGGGCCGUCGCCCCCGGACGGGGUCCUGACAGGGCCGCCCGACUGCCUGAGAGCCGGGGAGCCUAUGCCGGGUUUAAGUGACACUUCUCCAGAUGAAGGGUUGGUAGAGGACCUGACUGUAGAAGACAGAGCUGUGGAGCAACUGGCAGAAGGGCUGCUUUCUCACUACCUGCCAGAUCUGCAGAGAUCCAGACAAGCCCUCCAGGAACUCACACAGAACCAAGUUGUAUUAUUAGACACACUGGAACAAGAGAUUUCAAAAUUUAAAGAAUGUCAUUCCAUGUUGGAUAUUAAUGCUUUGUUCACUGAAGCUAAACACUAUCAUGCCAAGUUGGUGAAUAUAAGAAAAGAGAUGCUGAUGCUUCAUGAAAAGACAUCAAAGUUAAAAAAAAGAGCACUUAAGCUGCAGCAGAAGAGGCAGAAAGAAGAGCUGGAAAGGGAGCAGCAACGAGAGAAGGAAUUUGAAAGAGAAAAGCAGUUAACUGCCAAACCAGCUAAAAGGACGUGAAGAGUUGAACAUGUUUGUGUGUGUUUCCUUCCCUUGUCCCACAUUCUUUGGAUGUAAGAUGACCUAAGUGGUGACUGAAGUUAAGAUAGUGCCUUAUACCAUUGUGUCACAUUUUGAAAUCCUUUUCCCAGGAGGACUGUGUCUCCAUAUCUUCAUUUCAGCCUUUUAAGAAGCUUUUUUCUAAGUAGAAGACAUGAUGUCUCUUGGUUUGGAUAUUUAUAUGUAAUUUUUUCAACUUCUGUUUUGCUUAAUUUUAAAAUCCGUUAUUUUGGUUUUGGAUCAUUUAUAAACUGGAAAAUGGCUUGAUUGUUUUAAUAGUCUAGACUCGAAGUGGUUAAAAAUUAGUAUGAAUUUUUUAGCUUCCCAAUAAGUGUGGAUUUAAAAGUUUCAGUUUCUUAUUUUAUGAAAUGACUAGCCUUUCUGGCAAUACAUUGCUGUGGUUUAGCAAUUGUCUUUUCAUUGCUUGGUUAAGACGAAAUGCCAACUGUUUAAUCACAUAUGCCACUGAAAAAGAGGUGGUGUAAGCCCUUGUGAAGAGCGUGAUAGGAAAGUGUAUACCCAGGAAAUGAUAGCCUCUUAGAGGUGGGAUAGGUGAACAAGAUGCCAGAUAGAUUCUGCCAACCAUGUACUCUAUCUGCUUCCCAGCAUUGUUGUUGCUGUUUACUUCUUACGUAGCUUCUGGGUUCAAAGGAGAUAUCUGUUCCUAAGGUUUGGCAGCGGUGGUGGAACUGUCACACACAAAUUCUUGUAUAUUUGUAAUACUUAAUAACAGUUGUUACACAGUGAGAUAUGGUUGUCAAGUUAAUAAGAUAAUGAGCCCAACUUUACAAAUGGGAGGUCUAAUCACAGUUCUGUCUAUCCUCUGAUUCACUAUGUGGCCUUACAUGUUACUUUUUUGUGCUUGUAAAAAAUUCUUAAAAGUAGAAUGAUAUAUACCAACUUUCCAUUUUAUUGAUAAUGACAGGAAUGGUGGAAAAUAAGUAAAUAGCUUCUUCACAAAAGAGGCAGCAUGAUACCUUUAGUGUUUUCUAGAUUUU